AUGGCUCUUCAUGAGAGCCGGACGAUCACUGUCAAGGACCAGAUGUUUCACCUGUCAGCUCAGAGGGGAUCGUACCCUAAGCCUGAGCUCACCUGGUCCACCAGCCCUCCGUCCAGUGUGACCUUCAAGAACACAACUACAGUCCAGAAGACUGAACAGCAGCUCUACAACAUCAACGGCUCUCUGAUACUUUCAGACAGUGGGACUGAUGUGACCUAUAGCUGCACCGUCAGCAGCAGCGAACACAGAAGAACAGCCACUUUGUUUAAACAACUUAAUAAGACUUCGGCCGCUGAAACAACAAUCAACUGCCCUUCCUCAAAGGCACCUCCAACAGUCUUCAUCUGGAGAUUCAACCACAGUCAGAUUAUCGUGACCCAAACCGGAGCCAAUGUCCCCUACAAAGUGUCGGAGGAGUGGAGGCAGCAGGUGAAGGCUGUCUCUGAGUCAGGCAGCCUCACGCUAACAGCCCUAACUCCAGAGCAGCAGGGAACUUACACCUGUGAGUUCAGAAAUGAGGAGGAGACAAACGUAGAAAGCAUCUUUCUGAAGAUAGAGGAAAGUAAAGACCCUGACAUAAAUGCUGCAGGCAUUGUGGGUGGAGUAUUUGGAUUAAUUGGAAUAAUUGUGGUUGCCGCUGCAACUUUCUGCAAAAGAAAAUACAUUUAUAAAAAGUGUAUAAAGACAGGAAGAAGUAGCUCUGAUAAUAAGACCGGCUCGACGGCUAGAGAUGGUGAAGGAAGUAAAAUGAUACCCAACGGUACUACAGCAAACAGCUCUGGUGAAGAUAAAGUCUGACUCUGAUACAUAAACAAACAGAGUUAAAGACAUCGUCGUACCUCUACCUACUUGAAGGAUUGAAGGAUUACACUGAUGUGUAAAAAAGUUCCCUGGAAACUAUAAAAAAAAAACAAAAAACAGAUGAGCCAAUGUGAAGUUUGGCUCCACUAAAGUUUCAGUGGGAACGUGAGAGAACAUUUUUAUCCGGACUGAUAAAUGAAGGAUAAGGACACUUUGCACUGUUACUGCUACAAUAAGCUUCUUGUUUGGCUGAUGAAGUACAGCAUGCUGUUCCUCCUCUUCCCUGAAAUGGGAAAGAAGAAGUAAUUCAAAUAAAACCUCCAGACACUCAAGUGACUCAUGUGAGAUGAGGAUGUAUUCUAGUAUUCUGGUUGGACUAUAAAAAAGGUGAGUAAGUGGAAUCGAUGAGGUUCAUUGUUUUUUUUACACACCUCAGUGCCCACAUGUACAGAAAUCAUUAACUGUUCUAUAAUGACUAUAAUGAAGGUUAGUAAAGUAUUAAAGGCAUGUAACUUUUGUAAAUAGAAAAGACUAAAAUAACGUAUUGUUAUUUUUGCUGAAACUGCCACUACACAGGAGUGCAUGAGACAGAUAAUCAAUGUGUCAUUUUUCUUAUGUUCAAACUAUUUUAGAGUCCCCAAGGUUUAUUGCUAUCACUACAAAUGCGCACAAUAGCGCUUUAACAGGUGAUUUGAUUUAAUGCACUACUGUGAUUCUGUGAAGACAUUAUGUGGUUCUGACUGUUGUUAUGUCUCUUUUAUGAAGGCUUUGUGUGUCCUGGUGCAAUAUAAUGGCUUAAUAAUAAUGAAUGUAAUCAGAAAUAAUUUGAUUGUUAAAAUGUUUAUUUUUGAUACUACAAGUUCGUCCUGUAUGAAAAUAAACCGAAAACUAACUGAUUAAAUAAUGAAAUGAAAGCACAAAUUCAGUUUAUAUAGUAGAAGUUAAGUGUAUUUAUGUGUGUAUUUGUACUUUUUGGUUAUCAACAGUGUGAAAUCAAACUUUUCUUUGUGGGGUUUUUUUUGGUUUUGAAAUAUAAAGUUUUAUCUUAUAAAAAUGUAUUUAUUGAAUCUCCAUGUUAUGUUUUGUGUUUGUUGAGCAAAAGUUCCUCAAACAAAAGAAACAAUGUUAUCAGUUAUCAGCUAUGAGGUAUUUAAACAUUAACUGUGUUAUAUAAAAAUACCACAUUGUGAGAGAGAAGCCCACACUUUUGGAAAUGGUCUAUUUGACACUUCUACCCACCUGAUUACUACAACAGGCAGAAAUAUUAUAGUUAUCACUUAUAUUUUAAACCUUUUAUUUGUUGUGCAGCUGUGGCUCAGGAGGUUAAGCAAGUUGUCCACUAAUCUGAAGGUUGGGGGUUUGAUCCCUGGCUCCUCCUGCUGCGUGUUGAAGUGUCCUUGAGCAAGAUAUUACUUUGACAUCAAUGUGUGUGAAUGGAUUCAUGUAGCAUUAAAGUGCUUUGAAUUGUUGGGAAGAUUCGAAAGCUGCUAUUAAGGUUAACUAAUAAAGGUUUGUAAGAUGGAAA